UGUCAAAGUCAAAAGAUUACAAAUGUGUAUGUCAUAAACUAGAAAUCUUAUGAAUCGAGUUUCGACUUUAAGCUUUAAAGACUGUUAGUAGAAUUUAAAUUAUAUUACCUGCGCAUAUUUUUAUAAAUUUGCUCCGUCUGACGUCUGUGUUAAACAACAAACCAUUCUGUAAAGUGAGCUAAAUUAUAUAAAUAUUAAUAUCAUAACAAAAGACGUAAUAAUUUGCGAUUUUCUGAUACCAUUUAGGAAAAGUAGAUAAUACCUUGUUAAUAUAAAAAUAUUCGUUUGGCAAGUGUGACGUGAUAAAAAAUGGUUGAAUCAGGUAAACAAUUCGAUGUAAACUCAACCCCGACCUUAUCAAACGUUGCCUCAAUCCACCCUGAUGUGCCUAUGUUUCGAAAUCCCAUACCUUCAACAUCCACUGGAGUCCUUGGACCUCCAACUCUACCUCCGAGGCCGGAAAUUCCUCAACAAGGUUACAUGAAUAGUGGAAUGUAUGGUAUGGGAGGAUCCUAUGGCAUGGGUGGAUAUGGGGGCUACGGUUAUGGAUAUGGUGGCGGUAUGGGUGGAUAUGGAAUGAGUUCUUACGGUAUGGGGGGAAUGGGAGGCAUUGGAGGAAUGGCACCCUAUGGAAGUUACAACCGCCACCCAAUGGAUAUUGAAAACAGGUUUAUUCAAAUGGCAGAAGAGAGUUCAAGACCAGCCUUUGACUCAAUACAAAGUAUUGUGAAUGCUGUUGGGAGUGUGGCUAUGAUGCUUGAGAGCACAUUCUUCGCUUUGACAAGUUCAUUUCGAGCUAUAUUAGGUGUUGCAGAAAAUUUUGGCCGCUUACGAACACUAUUUGCCCAGUUUUGGUCAACAUUUGCUGUUGUUAGAUCACUUAACUGGCUUAUUAGGAAACUUUUGGUGAUUCUAGGUAUAAGGACAGAAGGUGAAUUUAAGGCAUGGGCGGAAGCAGUGCAAACAACACAAACGGGUGUGGCAACACCGGAACAAAAGGCCAAAGGCUCAAGUUGGCCAAUUCUUCUGUUCUUGGGAGUGAUUGCUGCUGCCCCGUAUAUAGUAUUGAAGAUGGUGAAUGGACUGUCUUCAAGUAUUAAUGAGCGAUUACACGACCCCCAUACAUGGCAGACUCCAUUAAAAGCAGUCGCUCAACACGACUUUCAGGCAACGACGCCUCAAGAAUUAAGCAUUAACGCGAAUCAAGUGAUAACACUGGCACCGCAGCACUUACAGGGACACCUAUGGAACUCUGGUUGGUUAAUGGCAACCAUAGACAAACAGUUUGCGGGCCUUGUACCAGUCAAUUAUAUCAAAGUCAUCAAGCCGAUUGAAAAUACUGAGCCCAAGGACGAUUUGGAGAAAUGUUAUAAGCAAGAAUUGUAGUGUGUAAGCAAUUUUGUUAAUUGUGAUAGAUUUUAACAAUUCCAUACAAAUUUGACACUAAGGUAUACAAGGGGUGUUCAAAAGUGAUGAUGACGCAAUUUAUUAAAUUUUCUUAUGACGUCGUCAUCUUUCACGGUGAAUCAGCCUCUUUUUGGUCCAUUUCUGGACUUAGGUCUCCUCCAUCUUCCUUCAGUACGCCCUACACUGGCCUCUACAUUCACUGAGAGCCAUCUUUGCUCAUGUCAGUCCACCUAGGCGGAGAGCUUUUUGUUCUGAUGGUAUUCUGACGGUAUUCGUUCAAGACGCCUGCGGUUCUAGGCUAUGCCAGAUUUUUUUCUAAGGAUUGGCACUAUUAUUUAUUUAACACUCUUCAUAGUAGAAACAAUCCUAAAGGUUAAGUGUAUUCGGGUCGAUUUCUUUUGAAUUGUAAAACGUCUAUUGUUUGUGUGAUGAUUAUUCUCGAUCGUAGGUCUCGAUAAAAUUAGAUAAAAAUAUUUGAGCAUUUCUUGUAGGUUUUAUAUGAAUUAUGAUAUCGUGUAUUAUACAGACAUCUUGAACAAAUGUCAUUGCCUGCGCCGAAGCGAUUUUUAGGUAUCACUGGGGGGUGGGUGGGGAGGGGAGUGAUCGCGUGAUUGGUAUAUCAGUUGACGUUUGUGUGUCGCGCUGUGUACGAUGCGCAAACUUUCCCCCACUCCCUUGUUUAAUGCUCAAGAAGUUUGCCGGUAUCUGUAACACGCGCUCACCAGGCAUAACUAUGUAAACACGUAUCUCAUCUUGAACACUGACAAAUAUAUCAAACUUAAUAUAUAGAGAUCUAUACACACAAAUCUUUGAACACACUGUUAAGUUUUUACUAUUAUAAUUUUUUCUAUUAUAUAUUAUUACAUUAUUUUUCUUUCUGUUGCGUCUGUGGAGCAAACUAACUUUUGUAGUCUCUGGCAGAAUGAACAGCGCUGUGGUACACGUCUGCUCCACAGCAUAAUGCUGAGCCACGGUCAGUUACAACACACACACAUUACACACUUAAAACGUACCUUACUCCUUGUUAUAAUUUUUUGUUAUUUUUUUAAUAAUUAUUUUGCGUGUUUUUGUGUGUGUUUCGCUGGUAAUAAAUGUUAUGUCUGUCAGUCUGAAUUUCAAUUUGUUUGAAUUAGAAUCUAUAAUAGGAAUUUGAACUCAAAUAUGCAGAAGAAACAUAUAUUAUAUAGCGAAACUGUUGUGAUGACCGCAUACCUUGAAUCGCGCUAGCUAUAUAUACAACUUCUUGAUACUGGGGCCAGGGCCGUCGCUCGCCAUAACAGCCCGAGCUGAGCUGUAUGAGCCCUUCAGGCUGAGAUUCUAUAAAAAAUAUCCACAUCGGGCUGGCCUACUAAGCAAAUUGCAUGACAAUUUAUGGAGAUCUAACAUUUUGCUUUACUGAGUAGAUUUGACGUUUUCCUUGAAGGAUAGGAAAACUCACCUUCCUUGAUAGUAUGUAUCGUGUCUAAGGGCGUCCUCAAAUUUGCCGCACGUCACAGCUGUCGCUACGUUAGAGAAUCGUAGUGUAGUAAAUAUUUUAAUAGACUCGAACAAAAGAAACACUGUUCUUACUGUGAUUAUUAAAACGAAAAAGGUCAUUUUGUUAGCCCUAAAUGGGAUUUGUCAGGCAGGUAAUGAACAUAUAAAAUAAUUGUGUUAAAAAUGUACUUAUUUUUUUCACUUGCGGUUUUGUUUGUGAAAUUAUCAUUAAAUUUAUUGCAUAUUUCUUCCCAUGCCAUAUCCUUGGACGAGUCUCAACCUCAUCGAUAAAUUCUUCAACCUGAUUUUCGUACAUGUUCAUGUUACAAAGCAGCGCGACACGUUGCGUCAAAUUUGGCGCCCUAAGGCUAAGGAAACCACUCUCUAUUCAUAUAUCAGUGUCCCCAUGAGUAGAAUGGGCUAUGAGUAUUACUCAACAUUCCUGUACUCCACCAAUUCGCUGGUGUCGCAAACCUGGCGAAUCCAGAAACUUGGUUGGAAAAUGACAAUAUUACUUGCGGUCUAUACCAAUGUCCUGUAAAUAUAUUAUGUAAAUAAGGUUAUACAAAAUUAAUAUUAAUUCGUUAUAUUGUUUGGACGUAAUAAGUAGAUAAGAAAAUAGUAUAUUUACAUGUAUUAUGGGAAGCGCGAUUAUGUUAUUGUGAUAAACUUUUUUUUAUUUUUUUUGUUAAUUGGUUAAUGGUUUUUACAAUAAGUUAUUCUACUAUUUACAUGUUAUCUAUGGAAUUUAUUUUGCAUUUCCUCACCAUCGGUGAGCUCUCUAAAUGGUAUGGACUGAAGUUAUUAAAUAAUUCGGU